AUGCCAGUCCCGUCUACCUCCCGUAUUCGUAAAACAACACACACGACCACAAGUAACAUUCGGAAGCAUGCCAUCCAUCCUCGACCCCUUCCCAGUCCAAUUUCUGACCCGGACACGCUUGCUACCCAACUCGCCGAAACAUUAAAUAUUGAAGAUCUUACGAAGAGAAAGGGAAAACAGAAGGCUUUGUGUACCCCGGAGCAAAGGCUUGAAGCGAUGAGAAAGAUUAACAGCGCGUCGCAGCAACUUUCUGCCAUUGCGCAGAGCGGGUGGAAGAAAUCUUUGGAUGCUGAGCACCAGUCAAAGUCACAGUCAACCACGGCUCUUGAAGCGAGUUCAACCGCAGCUCGAUAUUUGGCUCUCUUGAGAAGUGCCUCGAAGGGCGACUUGAACGUUGAAAGAGCAGCGAUGAGCAUUAUGGUCAAGCUGGUGGCGCUGGAAUUGUUCGAUUUAGCAUUAGCAGCCCUUACAAGUUCACACUCCCCGAUAUGUGGUCUCAUGGGGGUGCAUGCAACUCACUUACUCUCAAUACCGCGUGUCUCGAACCAGUCGGAGAUGAACACAGUGCUAGCGACACUUGUUUCCACAUAUUUGUCAUAUGCAAUCAUAAUUCUAAGUUACACCCGUCGUCUCAGCUUAUGCAAAGACCUACCAAAUUAUUCUUCGUUAAUCGAAUGGAUCCCCGUCUUUUCUUCGUCCGGACUAUCUGACAAGCAAUUGGAUUCUACCCUCACGAAGGUCUAUUCUGUGCUGAUGAAGGUCUCAGCGUCAGAUAUUCCACCGAAUGAUCUUUUCCAAAUCCGUAUGUACGCUCUACGAUGUUUGGCGCAUACGUCUGUGGGUACUAUAGAAAACCCAGAGAGCCUUUGGGAUCAAACAUGUAAGGUCGCUAGCGCGCUUACCGGCUCUUCCAAUCGGCAUUCCGUAUCCGACGCAGCUUAUACUGUGUCGUCUGCAUUCCUUGCGCUCUACACGAUUUGUGAGGCUCGUGCAGACAAAGAUACAUUCGUAUCUGGAAAUGGGUUUACCUCUUAUUGCGAAAAUUGGAUCGGGUAUGCCUCCAAAACAAACGAUGUGCGAAUUUUGCAAAAAAUUGCGCAGGUGAUGGGCCAGAGCUCCCCUCCUAGCGCUUCAGCUGACAGCCCCCAUACUCUUUGCGAAGAUAGGGACAUGAUACGGCAAGGGACGCGACUAUGCGCUGCGUUUGCCCAACUCCUCGCAGUCCUGGAACAAUCAAAGCAAAACGACGACUCAGUGAUUUUACUGUUCCGAGACGUCAGGAAUGCCUUAUUUCCCAGCGAAGCAGGAGCUAUUGAUCCCUUGAUCACAAACCUUUUUGCACUGUCGAUGCAGGAUGGAGUUUGUAAUAAGGAUAUUCUGCGCAUUGCAGGAAAGGCCAAUCGAGCUUUAGGAAGGGUUCGAAGGGCCUCCUUGGAUGUUCUAGCAGAGCAGUCCACGGGCAAGGAAGUGAGAGAGGAGUGCUCACGGCUAUUAGAGGUCGUGAUUGGUUUAUACGAGAAUGUGAUACGAACAGUGAAUUAUCUAACACACAUGUUGGAUACAGUCUUCGAACUUGCCCGUAAUAGUCUUGAUUUGUUGGAUCCUCGGACCUACAACAGGGUCUACGAUCUUCUCGCAAAGGCGGUGGAUAUACUAUCGUUAUCUAGAGAUCAGGAUCAUCUUACUCUUUCAUCGCCCAAGGUCCUUACCUCACGAUGUCCAGAACGCUCCGAAUUCAUUCGCUGUACUUCCGGUGCGUUUUAUAACAUCGGAGGUACGCUCUAUCAAGCGGGAAGAUAUAGUUCUGCAAUACCCUUUCUCAAAGAAGGGUGCCGCCUCGGGACAGCUGCCCUCGUUGAGCGCGAUAAAGGAUCCAAAGGCGAAGUAGAUAUACCUGACGCAAAGACGAAUUCUUGGCUACCGUUGAAAGAGCAGCUUUGGCGUAGAUUUCAGUUACUGGCAGUAUGUUUCAUGAAGAUUGGCGAUCGGAGACCAGCGUUCGAUAGCUUUGUCAAGAGCGUUCGUUAUUUUCCUUACUCAGCAUUUGAAAACGUGGACAAGGUUUCGUUCGGUGAAAUCAUUGGCAUUUCGCCGACAGUGAAGGAGCUUCGUGGCGUUAUCGAAAAAUUAACUCGUCUUGGAACAUAUGAGUUGAUGUUGUCAGCAGCCGAUGUAUCUUUGAAGUCGACGGAACUGCACAGCAAUAUAGGUACAUCCGUGAUGGGUAUCCUCAUGGAAUGGCAAGUGCAAAGUCUUGAAAUGUCCCGGUCGAAAGAGGGUGCUCGAGAAGUUCUACCCGUUCUGUUGAAGGAAAUUCUACAUAUAUAUCGACAAGAAAGCAUGCCCAUACGGUCACUUCGGGUGUUUGCCAAAGCUCUAGAAUUUCGAUACCAUUUUUCACUAGUUGAGCCGGAAGACAGUUGGCUGGGAGUGAAAAGUGCUGAAGAGGCUGCACAAGUGUUGUAUAAUUCGAAGAGCUUUGGAAAGGACGAACAUCUAGUUCGCUAUCGUUUCGAAUAUUAUGCUUCAAUACAUCUGUGGCUUGCGCUGCACGCGCACCGUCGUUCAAGUCCUCACCAGGUUUCAUUGGCAAGUAAACAUACGGAAUCUGCUUGUACCAUCCUUCGUACUAUGCUCUCGACAACCAGCGAUAAACAAACCUCCAUUCCCAAAGACAGUAGAGGUGUCAAGAAGUCAUCUAAAGUCACUACCUCAAGUGCGGGGAAAUCAAAGGGUAAAGUAGCACCACCACCCAAAGGAAAGCUCACGAAGACGCCUUUUAAGCGUAAGGAUGAAACACGUGGGUUUCUUCCCUUGAUUAACCUCGUUAUUUCAGGAAGCAUCCCACUAGAUUUCUCGUCGUUAACGUUCUCAGUUGACUCUAUAGAGGCUCUAAUGAAUUUGCUCCAAUUAUGUGCUCAUAUUUCGGGCAUGUUGUCCUUAACGCUUCCCAAAAUCAAUAUUCUUGACGUGCUCAGAAAACUUGCCGAAUUUCAUUCUCGGGAAAAUAGCGACUAUUAUAUAUUGUCUUCCUCUGAGCUCGCUUUAGAGUAUCUCAGGCUUGGAAAGGGAAAGCGAGCGAAGAAAGUGUUGAAUCAGGCUUUGACUGCCGCACGAAGCAGCCAAGCCUCUGAUGAUGCCCGUGCGCGCUUCUUCUUAAGUUUUGCCGCAUCUUGUGCUGCUGACGCGGACGUAAAACAGAGCAUCAAAUUCUAUCAGGAGGGAUUUCUGCUAGUCAACCGCUCGCAGUUACCAAAUAAGCAAGCGUCUGCGAUGGAGAAAAUUCAGACCCACGUAGUCCAAAUUGAGAAAACCGCCCUUGCAUACGAAGUCUUUUCUUCAAUACAAUGCAUGUCGAACAAUAUUUCUGGCUCAUUUGAUGGUUUAUUGAAAGCACUUCGUUUAUGGAAUCGGGCAUUUGAGUCUCUAGGACGCUUUCAACCGCCAGCGCCGAAAUCUAAUUCCACGGAGACAGAGGAGUCCGAUCCAUUCGACAUUUCGUCUAUGAAGAACGCACUGUCCAAGUCUGGCACUCCAUUGCACUCCAUUUCUUCACAAACCCAACCGCCAUCUACUUCCCGUCGGAUUGGUGAUUUUUCACAACGUCGAAUUCUGUCUACAGGCUUAGAAUGGCGGAUAGGAGAGGGCCUUCUCAAUGCAUUAUUUUCCCUUUUUCACGCAUAUCUAGAGCGGGGUUCUCCUAGAGAAGCACAGUACUUUGCAGAACAAGCGAAGGAGCUCGCUGCCUCGGUGAACGCCCCCUCUGGAAUGUGUCGUGCGAUGGUCAAGAAUGUUGAAGCUAAAAUAUUCCAAGGCUUGAUCGCGGAAGGAUCCGGACAAUUCAAGGAAAUCGAGCUAUGCGUGAUUAACGGCGACGGAGAUGUUCACGCUGAUCUGGCCGAACUUCAUCGAUUAAAGGGUGACUUGGACCAAAGGGAUUCCAUGGUGAUUGAGGCUCAGAAGCAUUAUGAAGAUGCCAUCAAAGUAAUAGAAAGAGUAGACCAAACUUUCAGGCUAUUGGACGGUGUCGAAUUCGGUCCUCGUUUAUCUGUAGGAACCAGUCAACUCUCUGACACCCUUUUCCCCGAGCUAUUGGCUCAAGUACUGUGCCGUUAUGUCUGGUUACUGCGCGGUGAACAGGUAGAAAUAUGUACAAUCUUACUCGAUAAAAUCGGCUCUUUACCUUCAACGUUCACUAUUCAGUCGCGACAAAGAGGCGUCACUGCGAGAUUAGCUCUUCAUAAUGUGUAUCAAUUAAGUCGGACUGACAUGUUUCUGAGUUCAAUUGGAGAGACUACAAUCGCCCUUUCAGCAGGCUCGAACAACCUUAGUGUCUCCGUAUCUCCCACUUCAGUGGAUAUUGCCAAGAAUCUGGAGCAUGCGGAGAAAUUGUUCUGGUCUUACCUGGGUGCCUUGGGUCAGAAGGGUUAUGCGCCAGACAUCCGAGAGUCUGCCAUGUCCAUUGCGAUAAUCAAAACCUUCCAGGCCUCAUUGGGGAAAUUUGAUGCAAAAACGCCGCUACUUGCUGCUGGUCUUCUAGACGCUUCAUCGUCACUGACUUUACGCAGUGAAAUGCUGGAAGCUAUCGUUAACAAAUUUCCUUUAAUCCCUCGUCACGAAGAGUUAGCAUGGCCCAAGCUCUCUGAUCUCUCUGAUUCCGGUGUCCCACUGCUCAAUGAAGCAAAGACUGCUUUGAACGACUCUGAUGAACUUGACGAAAGUUCGCUCAGGGACUAUUGGGAGAGCGUUAGAAAGAGGCAUCAAUCGUAUUCCAUGAACGAAGAGACCUUCGCUUCCUCCAUGGUUUCCGAGCUUCCCCGACAUUGGACAGUUGUUCAUAUCUCCGUGACCGAGGACAAAAACACGAUGUUUAUAUCUCGUCAACGUGGCGGAUGCCAGGCCGAACCUCUUGUUUUUUGUAUUCCAUUGAAAGGUAGAAGAGAAGAUGCAGCUGACGAACACCUUACCUUUGAGGAUGCGCUUAAAGAGAUGAAUGAGAUAGUAGCCUCGAGCAAUGAAACGACUAAGAUUGCUGCGUCUAUUCGACAUGAUCCGGCUGCUAGAUCCAAAUGGUGGAAGGAGCGAGGAGCAUUGGACAGUCGUCUCCGCGAAUUACUGGAAAAUAUUGAGUUUUGCUGGCUGGGAGCGUUCAAGACAAUUUUGUCAGCAAAUCCCCAUUUAUCCCUCCAUGCAAUCAGCAACUUGCGUAUCCAGUUUGAUAGAGUCUUUCAGCGCGGUCUUAGGUUGCAAGAUAGGAAGACGAAAGAACGAGCUAUAGGUCACAAGAAGAUGCCUUCCGAAAGCUGGACACCCAAUCGAGUCACCUUGGACGACAGCUUGAUUGAAUGUUUCUCAACUUUAUCCCCGGAUUGUCGAGAUGAGGAACUGGAAGAUCUGGUAUAUUUUAUUCUCGACCUGUAUCAGUUCCAUGGCGUUCCUGUUGCUAUCGCAGAAAUUGACAUUGACCAAGUGGUUGUCGAUUUACGAUCCGUUAUGCAGGAGCAUGCCGAAAAGUUGAAAAGCGUUGGACAUGGCCGUACAGGAGCGUUUGGGUACAACGAACGUGAUCAUCAUGACGAGCAUUUAUUCUUGGUUUUGGACAAGAAUGUUCAAGGUUUAUCUUGGGAAAACAUCCCGAUCCUACGAGGAAGAAGCGUCAGCCGCAUUCCCAGUAUUUCAUUCCUCCUUGAUCGCGUUCAGUUUGCACGCCUUCGACAAUCGGAAUUGGGUAGCUCAUCGAACACGGUCGAUCGCGCGGUCUGCGAUCCCACAAAUGCUUACUAUAUCAUAAAUCCCAGCGGUGAUUUGGAACGAACAGAGGAGCGAUUUAAGCCCUGGCUGAAAAAGAUGGAGAAGGCUGGAUGGCAGGGCAUCUCGGGGCGUGCCCCAAGUGAACUCCAAGUUCUUAAUGCGCUUCGAACAAAAGAUCUCGUAGUGUACUUCGGACAUGGAGGAGCUGAACAGUACGUGCGCUCGCAUAGAUUGAGGAGUUUACCCAGAUGUGCGGCUGUAAUGCUUUGGGGUUGUUCUUCCGGUGCACUCCGGGAUAUGGGCGACUUUGAUCGAGUGGGCACGCCGUUGAACUAUAUGUUAGCUGGAUGUCCCACGCUGGUUGCGAAUUUGUGGGAUGUUACAGACAAAGACAUCGAUACUUUCUCCCAGUCAGUGUUCGAAAAGUUGAACUUGUCCUUGGAGGCAAUCAAGAAUCAAUCUUCACCCGAGCGCCCAACCCCCAUGUCGGUGGUACAGGCCGUCGCGGAAUCCAGAAAUUCCUGCAAGCUCAAGUACCUUACCGGAGCAGCACCUGUUGUCUACGGAAUACCUUUCUAUCUAUGA